GAGUCUCCAGGAUUCCUCAGUCAGAGAGGAGCAGCAGAGGGAAAGACGACCGGACAGCUGCAGCACACACGGGGAAAAAAGAAACAUUUUUUUUUGUUUUUCAGCGAUGGCUAUGUUUAUCGCCUGUGGAUGAACAUUCCUCCCAGCAUUUUAUCAGGUCUCUGGUGAUCAAGCAGUCCCGUCUGCCUGUGAGGACCUGCAAGUGAGAAGGGAUUAAAUCAGGAAUCUGCCACCUCUCCUCAGUGGGUGUGAAUUCUUGGUCCGAAUCAUGGGGAACCAGCUGACUGAUAUUGCCCCCAACACGUCGUUCCUGCCAAGCUUCCAGUGUCUUCAUGUGGUGGUGAUUGGUCUGGAUUCAGCUGGGAAGACCUCCCUGCUCUACAGGCUCAAACUGAAGGAGUUUGUGAAAACCAUCCCCACCAAGGGCUUCAACACAGAGAAAAUCAAGGUGGCAGUGGGGGCGUCCCGGGCCACAAACUUCCAGGUGUGGGACGUGGGUGGCCAGGAGAAACUCCGGCCCCUAUGGAAGUCCUACACCCGUCGAACGGAUGGGAUAGUGUUUGUUGUGGACUCCACCGAGCUGGAGCGUCUGGAGGAGGCUAAGGUGGAACUCCAUAAGAUCACCCGCACCUCCGAGAACCAGGGGGUGCCGGUGCUGAUCCUGGCCAACAAACAGGACCUGGACUCGGCCUUGUCCGUCGGCGAGGUGGAGAAGCUGCUGGCCGUGCACGAACUCGGCAUCUACACGCUGUACCAAGUGCAGGGCUGCAGCGCGGUGGAUGGCCAGGGGCUGCAGACGGGCCUGGAGAAACUCUACGAGAUGAUCCUGAAGCGGAAGAAGACGGUGAAACACAGUCGAAACAGGAAGAGAUGAACUCUCUCCUCAGGGAUUGCAGACAUAACUCCCGAGGAGACGCUCUCAGUGUUGGGACACUUCCAGGCUUAAUGAGCCACUUAUUUUUCCGAGGGAGAGCAAUUUGCGCCAACAGAAUAAGACCAUUUACAAACUGCCUUUCAGGGGUCAGCAGAAAUGGACUUGCUCAUAACACCGAAGCAGUAUUGACUUUCUUGGUGGUGCAGUUGCUGAAAGCCGAGCUUAAUGAUUUGACAUUGACAGCAGUUAGUCAUCACUAAGUGCUUGUUUAGGCCAGAUUUAAAGACAAUUUCCAACAAGUACUAACACAUUCAUAUGGCAGGAUUCUGGUGAAGAAAACCAUCACCAGCUUUAACGGGAAGACUGUUUUUAUCCUCUCUGAAAUAUUUAUUCAGUGUGUCAGUGUGCGCGCUGGACAGAAGGCAGAUGUUACCUAAUAAUGCGACAUUAUGGAGUGUUUUGUGGUUUCAGAGUAUUAAUAAUUCACCUAAAGAAAGCACAUUCCUGUCAUCAGCACAUGCAGAUGUUAAGUUUCAGUUGCUUUGAUUCAAGAGUUUAUUAAAAUUGUACAUUUUUGUAAAUUUGGAGACUGAAUAAAUCUUAAGAGCCGUAUGAAAAAUGCAUUGUCACCAUUUCGUUUUUAGGCGACCAUAAAUGAUUUAUUUAAAAGCAAAAGCUCGCACAAGCAAGAUUAUUCUUCAAAAACUCUUCAAGUAAGUCAAUUCUUCUGCUAUAGAGGGUGCGUGUAAGGUUACUGUGGUUGCAGCAGAGCACAAAGAAACUAAUGAAACGGAUAUUUCCCCCCGGGGUUAACUUGAUCUGAAGGAGUCUCUGCGAAACUGCAGCUAACAAGAAAUACAUGCUGUUCUUUCACUAUAUUCACAAAAUGUGCGCCCAAUGACCAUUUAGCCUUUAAAGUCCUGAGUUAUGGCCGUUUUUACUAUUCGUGGUGCAGUAAACGAGGCCGUUACAGGGAGAACUGUGCCCUUCCCUUCCCCCACUGGAGACGAAACAAUCCGUUUAGUUUGAUUCCCACCUUCUGUUGUCUGCCAACUGGUGACAGUGAAACUGCAACAAUUAGUGGUCCAAAUCUGUUGCUGUUUUUUGCUUUUAUUAUGAUGUUAAUGUGCACCACCCAGCGCUGUUUUUUGCAUUCAAAGAAAAUGGGUUAUUUUGAGUAAAUAAAUUAACAGCAGUUA